AUGUCACCGACACCUCCAUCUUUCUCCAAUGAAAACGAUGACCAGGCACAGAGAAAGGCCAAUACCUUCCAUCCUAGCCUCUGGGGCAAUUUCUUCCUCAAUUACCAGCCACCAUCUGCGCCUAAGCAAGCUUACAUGAAAGCAAGGGCUGAAGUGCUGAAAGAAGAGGUUAGGAAGAUAUUAAAGGGCUCAAAUGGAGUACCAGAGAUACUAGAUCUUGUGAUCACGCUGCAGCGGCUUGGAUUGGAUAGCUUCUAUGAGAAUGAGAUCGAUGAGCUUCUCUCCAUUGUUUACAACACCGACUACGAUGAUAAAGAUUUAAACCUAGUUUCUCUUAGGUUUUAUCUUCUACGGAAGAAUGGCUACGAUGUGUCAUCUGACAUAUUUCUACCGUUUAAACACAAAGAAGGGAAUUUCAUUGCAGAUGACAUAAGAAGCCUUUUGAACUUAUACAAUGCAGCAUAUCUAAGGACUCAUGGAGAAAAAGUACUUGAUGAAGCAGUUGUUUUCACUAAUAGUCGCCUUAGAUCUGAAUUGGAGCAUUUGAAAUCUCCAUUAGCAAAUGAAGUAUCUCUUGCCCUUGAAACACCCCUAUUCCGGAGGGUUCGAAUAUUAGAAACACGAAACUAUAUCCCUAUUUAUAAAAGGAAUACUACACGAAAUGAAACCAUAUUAGAAUUCGCAGAGUUGAACUUCAAUCUCCUUCAACUUAUUUAUUGCGAGGAGAUAAAAAAUCUCACACAAUGGUGGAAAGAGCUUAAUGUUGAAUCUAACUUAAGCUUCAUUAGAGAUAGAAUAGUGGAAAUGCAUUUUUGGAUGGUAGGAGCAUGCUCAGAGGCCCAUUAUUCUCUUUCAAGGAUUAUACUUACAAAGAUGACAGCUUUUAUCACCAUAUUGGAUGAUAUAUUUGACACAUAUGCUACAACUGAUGAGAGUAUGAUGCUCGCUGAAGCCAUAUACAUGUGUAACGAAACUGCAAUAGAGCUACUUCCAAAAUACAUGAAGGACUUCUACUUAUAUUAUAUGAAGACAUUUGAUUCAUUUGAGGAUGAACUAGGACCAACAAAAAAUUAUCGAGUGUCUUAUAUCAAAGAGCUGUUUAAUGGGUUAGUUCAAGGAUACACUAAGGAGAUAAAAUGGCGUGAUGAUAAUUACACUCCAAAAACAAUAGAUGAACACCUGGAACUUUCUAGAACGACAGUUGGUGCCUACCAACUAGCAUGUGCUUCUUUUGUUGGUAUGGGUGACUUUAUAACAAAGGGAUCUCUUGAUUGGCUUUUGACAUAUCCUGACCUUCUUAAAUCUUAUACCACAUGUAUACGGCUCUCAAAUGACAUGGCAUCAACAAAGCGUGAACAAAUAGGAGAUCACUAUGCUUCUACUAUUCAAUGUUAUAUGCUACAGCAUGAUGCAACCGUUCAUGAAACAUGCAUUGGAAUAAGGGAGCUAAUAGAAGAUUCAUGGAAGGAUAUGAUGAAAGAAUACCUUACACCAACACAACAACCAAAAGUUGUGGCGAGAACAAUUAUUGAUUUUGCACGAACUGGGGACUACAUGUACAAGCAAAAUGAUGCAUUCACAUGUUCACAUACAAUCAAGGAUAUGAUAGCAUCUCUCUAUGUGGAACCAAUAUAA